AAGAAAUUGAUUGGUUGGGUUUUGUUAAUGUCUAUGUUUGGGUCGUUAAAAUCAAUAAAUUGGGCCUCCCUUAAAAUUAAAGAAUACACACAGUUUAAAUACCAUUUUAUUGGUGGGGAACACAAUCAAGUUAUGAAUGCUUAUCAAAAGUAGUUAUAAUAGGUACUUUCUGUUAAUAAGUUGUUCUAGUUGUUAGUGUUUAGAGUGGAUAUUGUGUUGUACAGUGAUAACUUAACUUGACUCAAAUUAGAAGUAACUAAAUCUUUUAUAUAUACCAUUUCAAAAAUGAUUCAAUCCACAUCCAAUUCUAUAUGCACAUUCUGAUUCACGAACAUUAUUUACCAAUAAAUAUUUAGAGCCUAGGUGCAUUGCAAUUGAUCAACAUGACAUUUGAACUGUGUACAUUAACAUGAUAUUAACAUAAAUACUAUAUAUCUCUUAUACAAAUUUUAUACUUGGAAAUUUUGAAUACACUCAGUGCAUAAGAACUUUUUAUAACAAGAUGUUCACCAAUAUUGACGAAAGAAUAUUCAGACAAUCUAAACUGGCAGUGGCUAGAAAUUUAUUCGAUGUAGAAGUGCCUCACAGACUAGGAAGUUAUGACAGGUUUAUUCCAUAUAGAGCGAAUAAUAAUUGGGAAACUACAUUUGCUACUAUACCAGAUCCGAGCAAGAACAUUCAGACGGGCAAAAAAGCAAGAGAAACUGGAGAAAAUGUCAGAGACAGUUCAGUGUAUAAUAUUUUGUUGAGAAACGAACUACUCGGUGAAAAUAUAGAAGAUGUGAAGUCACAGUGUGAUGAAAGACAAGCGUUAACUCCUGUGAAGAGUAGGAAACUUUUUAAAUAUGGUACUCCAACAAAGAAUGAAAAAACUCCUAUCAAAGCCCAGUCUAGUCCAUAUUCUUUGUCCCCCCUCAGUACAAGUAGUCAAAGGCUUCUCAGAUCUCCACAUAAAGCAACAAGAAAAAUAUCUAGAAUCCCCUUCAAAGUCCUAGACGCUCCUGAACUCCAAGAUGAUUUUUAUCUGAAUCUAGUCGACUGGUCUGUACAGAACGUCCUCAGCGUCGGUUUAGGCAGUUGUGUCUAUUUAUGGUCGGCGUGUACAAGCCAGGUUACGAGAUUGUGUGAUUUAUCCAGUGAUGGUAACGUAGUUACCUCGGUGGCUUGGAGCGAACGAGGACAUUUAGUAGCUGUAGGAACACAUUUAGGUUAUGUUACUGUAUGGGACGUGGCCGUCAAUAAGCAAGUUAACAAAUUGAUGGGACAUUCUGCUAGAGUCGGAGCGUUAGCAUGGAAUGGAGACGUAUUGAGUUCCGGUAGUAGAGAUCGACUGAUUUUACAAAGAGAUACAAGAACACCACCUAACGUAAUAGAACGACGCCUAGUUGGCCAUCGACAAGAAGUCUGCGGAUUAAAAUGGUCUCCGGAUAACCAAUAUCUGGCGUCCGGUGGCAACGAUAACAGAUUGUACGUUUGGAAUAUGCAAUCGUUAUCACCUGUACAAACGUAUACGGAUCAUUUAGCUGCAGUUAAAGCUAUAGCAUGGUCUCCACAUCACCAUGGAUUGUUAGCGUCCGGAGGCGGAACGGCGGAUAGAUGUAUACGAUUCUGGAAUACCCUUACUGGACAACCCAUGCAGUGCGUUGAUACAGGUUCCCAAGUUUGUAACUUAGCUUGGUCUAAACAUAGCUCGGAAUUAGUUUCAACGCACGGCUAUUCCCAAAACCAAAUCCUAGUUUGGAAAUAUCCAAGCCUCACUCAAGUUGCCAAAUUGACAGGUCAUUCAUACAGAGUACUUUAUCUUGCACUUUCACCUGACGGGGAAGCCAUAGUGACCGGCGCCGGAGACGAAACACUUAGAUUUUGGAAUGUGUUUAGUAAAGCUAGGUCACAAAAAGAAACAAGAUCGGUUUUGAGUCUGUAUACGGGGAUACGCUAAAAUUGUGACAGUUUCGAUACAUUUUUUUAUUUAUCAAAUCCCCCUGUAUAAACCCAAUGUAAUAUUUGAGUUGAAUAUUUUUUGUACAUAAAAAUGAUGGAAAGUUUGGUUUUAAGUCAAAUCUAAUUUUUUGGAGUAGUGAAAAUAUAACUGAAACAAAAAAUGUGUUACAGGGUGAAUGAAAUUAAGAAGUUACUAGAUAACCAUUAAUUUACUUCCGUGAAGUGCCCCAUUUUUUUUCUAAACGCCUCUACCCCACUCCUUUAUACAAUUUACAAGUUUAUUUAUAUAUUUUUAUGUAACUAAUCUACAUACAAUACUUUAUAUUGAUUUUGUUAUGAAGAUUUAUAUUAAAUGUGAUAAUUUAAAUGUUUAUUUUUAAAAUUUUUAUGGCAUGCUCGGUGUUUCGAUUUCAGUUUAAUUUUAAAUAGUUUUAACAAGUUAAGUGUCAAAUUCAAACACCCGGUAUAGCAAAUUGUGCUAAUAUAAGAAAUGAGGUUUCUAUGAAAUCGUAUAAUUGUUACAAAGUAACUUUUUAGGGUCGUUUUUCUUAGGGGUUUUAUUGCAACUAACUCGUAGACGUAAAUAGACUGUAUAAUCGUCAAUUAUUCAAAUAUUUUUAUUUAUCAAACAUGGUCAAAUACGACAUUUUGUUUCCAAUUUUGAAUUAUUAUUAAUAAAUUGUCAAUUCUUUGAGAACUAACUUGUAUUACAUCCCGAAACAUUGAUUACCAUAAAGGAAAUUUCUAAACAACGAUUUCUUUGAUAAAAUCCAAAAUUUUUACAAUUUCUAAACAUUAAUUAUGUUUUUGCACGCACAAGAGGUUAUAAAUUUCUAAGGAAAUUGUAAACGUAUUUUUUAACUUGGUCACUUCAGUUUUAAUCAAACCACAUUUUUCCAGUUUUCCAGUUUCUGUUGUGUUUUGGAUGAUUAUUUUCCAUCCCAUUUUUUUUCUAUUCAUUCUUUCUGAUUCAAGCCAUUUUUUAAUACACUCAAUCCAGUUUCCGUGGAAGAUCAAACCUUCUCAGAUAUUUUGUUAUAUCUGCUUCGUAGACAAUUAUUCUCAAUUCUAACCUAUUUCUAAUUUUUGCUCUCCUAUUCUAAGUAGGUACUUCUCUAAUCAAACCACAUUUCCUUGCACCAUCUUUAGAUAUUUUGCUUAUUUUUUGCCUCUUCAUUCCAUCUUGUUUUCUAUUUUUUUUUAUUUUAACUCGAGUCCAAUAUCUGUGCAGUAUGAAACCGAGUUUUUAUUCUGCUUCUUCUCAGAAAUUUUUUUAUGUUUUUACUCUUUCCCUGCCUUUUCUCAGAUAUUUUUGUUGUCUAUUACCACGUGUAUUAUUAUUUUUUAUUUCACCCUCUUCCUAUUUUUUCUCUCCUAUUCUAUGCAAAUUGUUUUCCAUCCAAUUAAUUCGGAACCUGUGAUGAAUCAAAAAAAGAUUUUGUUGAGCAUUUGCUUUAUUGAAUGUUGAUUCUCCAUAUCAUCUCGUUUCCCAGUUUUCUUCUUCUAACUUAAUCAAUCUGAUACCAGUGGAAGAUCAAAUCGUCUGCUUCUUCUCAGAUAUUUUGGUGUGUCUUUGCCUCGUAGACAAUUAUACUUCAUUCCAACCUAUUUUUUAUUUGCUAUUGUAUGCAAGUUACUUUCUAUUAGAAAGAAAGAACCAUGAACCUUUGAUGAAUCAAAACAAGUUUUCUCCUACUUUCUGUAAGAGACUUUGUUGAGCAAUUGCCUUGUUGAAUGUUUCUUCUUUUACCUCUAUCCAUUUCCAAGACGUUUUUCAACUAAAAUCUGUUUUUUAGUUUCUUCCAGUUAAAGUUAGUGUGCCUUUUCUUCAUUAAGUUUAAUUCUCCCUUUUAUUCUUUUGUUUACAUUUUCUCCAAUUCAUAAUCAUUUAUUUUUGGUAUUUCUCCUUGCAGUUUCCAUUUUUUAGCCUUUCCAUGGAUCUACUAAAAUAUCGUUUUUUUUAUUUACUCACUUAUCUAUCAUUAUGUUAUUUUAUUACUCUUUCUAUUUGUUUAAUCAUUUAUUAUUCCUCUUUUUAAUAUGUAACAUGAAACAAUAGUUAGAAGACUGAAAAUAAAAGAAAAUAAAAUGUUUUUUUUUUCGAAAUUUGUAGUAUUGUUAAUAGUAUUUUUCACCUUUAUACACCUAUUUACAUCUACGACGGAGUUUUUUUAAAAUAAAAACUAAUAUACAGGCUGUCCCACUAAGGGUUUCUCGUGAUCUUGUAUUUUUAGGGUAAUUUUAGAAUUAAUGUAUCAAUUGUGUUCAAAUGUAAGUACAAGAUAACUAAAAAAUUUAUGCUGUAACUACUUGGAUUCCCAAUUCAAAAACGAAGAUAGUUGGGACAACCUGUAUUUUUAUCUUAGUGUGCACUGAUGAUUGAAUUUACAGAUGUUUUUUGGGAGUUUUAAAACUUGAUUUCGGUAAUUAAA